AAUAUUUUUGAUGCUCUUGGAUAUGGUCCAUAUGCUUUUUCUUCCUCCAAAUUCAAUUGGCGCUGCAUCGAACGUAGCAUAGGGCAUAUAUAGGGCGAAGCUGUCGAGAGGAGUGGGGAAUUUUUGUGAAAAUGUUGAAACUUGUUUUGCUUGCAUCGUGUCUACAGCUACAACUGUCAUCAGCCGCUCUGGUAUCUCCGCUAUUCACGAGAGUCCCGACCGGGUUAAUCAAACCGACGGGCUGGGCGUUAGAUCAGGCCAAUGUUCAAGCCAACGGUCUAGCUGGACAUCUUCGUGAUUUUGACAGCUAUGUCAAUGGCUCAAUCUGGAUGGAAGGUGGAUCUAUCGAGUAUAGCGAGAUGCAUGAAUCGGCUCCUUACUGGUUUAAUGGGAUGGUUGCCCUAGCAUUUCAACUGCAAGACGAUCGCCUUAUUGACCAAGUUCAAAAGUUUCUUGACUGGACUUUGGACAAUCAGCAAGAUGACGGCUGGCUUGGCCCUGAACCAUUUGUUGACAAUGCUUCUGAGCCUCGCCUCGUAUGGCCUCGGUACCUUCUACUACUGGGUCUAGUGCAAUACGCCGAAGCAGACCCUACUCAAACUGGCCGUAUCGUCAACGCCAUGCACAAAUUUACCGCCGCGGUGCACGAUAUCUUUGCUAAUAAUACACAAGGCGAUCCCUCUCUUGGUUUCCAGUAUGAUUAUCAAUACGUUCGCUGGGAAGAAAUGCUCUAUUCAUUGCAAUGGCUAUAUGAUAAUUAUCCUGAAGGUCAAGAGUCGCAAUUAAUUGAGACCAUGAAACUUGUUCGCAAUGCAGGUUUCUCAUGGAAGGAUGACUGGUUUACAGCUGAUAUCUUUCCAAAGACUGCACCCGGUCUGGCUGAUCUGAAUAUGCAGACCCAUGGUGUUAACACUGCAGAGGCACUCAAAUCGGAGGCUCUUGCCUAUCGGUUCACAUUUGAUCCUUCAGAUAUCGAUAGUACUUGGGAACGCAUGGACUUGGUCUACACUUAUCAUGGUCGAGAAUCAGGGACCUUCUCGGCCGAUGAACAUAUUGCUGGACUCGAUCCUUCGCGGGGGACCGAACUCUGUGCCAUUGUUGAACAAAUCUUCUCGCUUGCAACGGUCUAUGGAAUUCUCGGUAAUAAUUCCGUUGCUGACCGGGUUGAGAAGUUAGCAUACAAUGCACUUCCUGCGGGAAUAUUCUACGAUUGGUGGUCGCAUCAAUAUGAUCAACAAGUGAACCAAGUGUGGGCGCAAAAUAUGGAUCCCUUUCCUUGGGUUAAUAAUGGCCCGAAUUCAAAUGUCUUCGGGUUUGAACCGAAUUACCCUUGUUGUACGGUCAACCACCCUGCGGCAUAUCCGAAAUUCUGGAUGCACAGCUUCUUCACCAGACAGAAUAGCACAUCCUUAGUCCACGCUCUCCUUGGUCCCUCUACCUAUACUGGAACUUUAGCGGGUAGUAACAACGUCACUGUUGCGGUAGAUACAUUAUAUCCAUUUAGUACCACCUUAGAUUACACAAUCUCUGCGUUGAAAUCGUUUGAUUUCCAUAUCCGGGUUCCCGACUGGGCUCUCAGUAAUUCUAGCACGAUCAGCAUAGCUGGCAGCGAACCUAUUUUGCUGGAGCCAGAUUCUAUGAAUCUUCAUACAAUCACUGUCUCGCCCGGUGUCACCAAGUUGCAGCUGUUCCUAGAUGACCAAAUUCAAGUGAUCCCUCGCUACAAUGGCUCUGUCGCUAUCACGAAAGGACCUCUCAACUAUGCGCUUGAGAUAACCUUCAACAAAACUUCUGCUCCUGGCUUGAGGAGUCAGCAGGCUCUUUCUGAUGCCGAAACCUUGUUCCCCGAUGCACCCACCUCAUUCUUUACUUCGACCGACAACCACACUUUGGACAAUACACUUCUGCCCACUAGUGAGUGGCGUCUGGCGAUUGAUCCCUCGACCAUUAGAUUUGUGGACAAGACUAAUGUAACAACAAUUCUGCCACAAUAUAUUUGGGCCCCCGAUUCUCAGCCCGUUUUGAUGACCGUGACAGCUUGCCAAAUUGAAUGGAAUCUCGUUAACGGUACUGCUGCCCCUCCCCCUGCUAGUCCUAAUACCUGUGUCGGGGAUAAGUUCAAAGCCAAUCUUGUGCCAUUUGCUGCGGCUCGGCUUCGACUAGAGAAUUGUGUAUGAAUUCAGUACAAAUAACGGAAUCCUUUCCUUCGUUGCAUUGCUUGAUCGAAUGUUAUACCCUCAAGUUUCUUGUUAUCUCGAAUGACCCAUUGUCGAAGUACUACGACAGAAGAUAUGAGACAGCGGUUUUC